AAUGCAUAGCCUGUCUGUCCAACACCAAUGUAUACUAUACACUUUGCGAUACCAUACAUAAUACCUAGAGAGCCAGAGGAAGCGUGCUCGUCGAAAUGCCUGGCAGCAUCUCUGGCAAAGCAAAGGCGGCUGGCAAUGACGGUGGACUUUGGGAGACAUCCAAGCGCUUCUAUCAACGAAGCUAUGCUGGCGACUAUCUCGGCGUCGCUCUCCUCGUCGCUGCUUACAUCCUGAUCAAGCUAUUCGGCGAACCCUUUCACUCGCAAUUCCGCCUCGACGAUCCACGACUCCAGCAUCCUCAUGCCGAAGUGGAACGAGUCGACGUCACAUGGCUCCUCAUCUACGCCCUCCUCGUUCCUCUCGUCCUCCUCAUACUCUGGGCCGCCGUGACUCGCCCUUCGACUCAUAAGAUCCACAUCACCAUCCUCGGCCUGAUCAUCUCCAUCCUCCUCGCCACCUUCAUCACCGAUAUCCUCAAAGAUGCCAUCGGCCGACCACGCCCCGACUUGAUCGCGCGCUGUAAGCCUGCCAAAGGCACCCCGGGCAACAAGAUGGUCUCGGUGGAAGUAUGCACCGAGACGGCCCAUCACACUCUACAUGACGGCUGGAGGAGUUAUCCCAGUGGACAUUCGUCUCUCGCCUUUGCUGGGCUCGGAUGGAUAUCCUUGGUGCUGGCCAGUCAAUUGCAUGUGCUGAGGCCGAGAGCGAGUCUAAUGGUCGUGUUGAGCUGUCUGGCACCAUUGCUCGGAGCGGCAUUGAUUGCCGUGAGCAGAUUGGAGGAUUAUAGACAUGAUGUGUUUGAUGUGGUCAGUGGGAGUAUACUGGGAUUUAUGGUGACUUAUUUCAACUGGAGGAGGUAUUACCCCAGUCUGAUGGCACCGGGCUGUGAAGAGCCGCAUGCGCAGAUGAAUGAGAAGACGCAUAGUGGCUUCCACCGCGUGAGAGAUGAGGAGGAAGCAUUGGGGAGGGAUACAGAACGAUACGUGGUUGGCGGCGAUUAGAGGCAGUUUUUAAAACAGUACUCGGGUCGAGCGCAGGCUCGAGCGUGUGUCUGUAUAGAUAUUUGUACAAAGACUGUCAAAGC